AUGGAUUUACCUCCACUCUCUGAAUUAGAAUUAUAAAAUAUUUACGCUUGGGUAAAUAAUGACAUUUAAUUUCCAGUUAGACAAAAUACCACUCUCAAGAGCUAAAAAGAAUAUUCAAAGAGAUUUUGCAGAUGGAGCUAUGGUAGCAGAAGUUGUAUAUCAUUACCUGCCAAAAUUAGUUGAAAAACAUAAUUAUCCUUAAGCUCAUAGUAUUUAAUAAAAAUAAUAUAAUUGGAGUACUCUUAAUUUGAAAGUAUACUAUUAAUAUAAUAUUUAGGUAUUUAAGAAACUUGGAUUUCAAUUAUCUAAAAAUGAUAUUGAUAGUGUUAUUGCUUGUUCACCUGAAGCUGUUGAAAGAGUGUUAAAGUUUUUAUAAAUUAAGAUUGAAAAAUAUUUGGAACAAUAGAAAGAAUUGGAGAAAAAAGCAAUUGAAUAAUAAAAACAAUAGUAAUAUUAAUAGCAACAAAAAUAGUAGGUGUAAGAGGAUCCCCUACAAAAUCAAGAUUUGAGAUUGAUCUUAGCUGAAAAGAAUUAAGCAAUUACAGAAUUAAAGGAAACUGUUGAAAUUUUAUAAUUGAAAGUUAAAAAACUUGAAUAACUUUUACAAAUUAAAGAUAAUAAAAUUUAAGGAUUAAUCAAUUAAUUAUAAGGUAAAUAAUGA